CAUGUCUGUCGUUUUAUACCCAAUCUCAACCACUUCUCAACACUUUUCAACUUCAUCAUCACCAUCACCAUCUUCUUCUUCCCAAAGCUCAUACAGAUCACCAAGUUCAAAAUCAAUUCAAAAACGUAAAAGAUCUUUAUCAGAAGAUUCAAAUUCAUCCGUUUUAACUCAAAAAUGUAAUUCGAACGAUCCUAUUCAAAUCAUAGAAGGAGUUUUAACUUCAACAUCAAAUAAUCGAGCCAAUGAUCUCGGAACGAAGAACAAAAAACGGUAUCAAUGUACUUGGACUGGCUGUACGAGGACUUAUGCUAAACCUAUCAGACUCAAAGAGCAUGAAAGGAGUCAUACAAACGAAAGACCUCAUGCUUGUCCGCAUUGUCCAGCAACGUAUAGACGUGAUACCCAUUUAACAGCUCAUAUUAGAAUGCAUUUACCAGAAGAAUCAAAGCCGUUUGAAUGUGGAUGGAAAGAAAUGGACGAUGAAACGAAUAUUUGUUCAAAACGGUUUUGGACAAAACAACAUUUGAAGGUUCAUAGAGAAAGUAUACACGAAGGAAAGAAGGGACAAGCGAAGUUCAUUUGUCAAAUUUGUGAUCGAGAAUUUUUAAAACAUCAUUUACUUCGAACCCAUCAUUCAGAAAUCCACUGUAGUCCCGGAACAAAACCUUACAUCUGUACUCAUGAGAAUUGUAAAAAAUCAUUUGAAACAGGAAGUAAAUUAAAGAAACAUGAAAAAACUCAUUCAGAAUUCAGAUAUACAUGUAUUCAUGAAGAUUGUAUGAAGAAAUCGAUUCAAGAUCGAAGUUUUCAAACUUGGAGUGAUUUACAAAUUCAUACAAAAGAAUUACAUCCACCUAGAUGUUUUUUUGGGAAAUGUGAUGGGACUAAAUUAUUUAAAAAUCAAAAAUCUUUACGUGAACAUAUUUCAAAUAUACAUCCUGAACGAAAUGAAUCAGAUUCAGAAGGAUCUGUUGAAAAACUGACUUCAACUUCAAAUCCAUCGCAUUCGAUCAAUCCUUCAUCAACUAAACCUUUCAAAUGUGAUGAAUUUGAUACAGAGUCAAUAAAAUGUGGUAAAUCUUAUCAAUCGCUUAGAGCUUUACAGAGUCAUAAACUAGCAAUCCAUCAAACCCAAAGACUAGAAAAAGUUCAAGAAAUCCAACCGCCGAAGAAGAAAUCCAAAACGAAUUCAAGAGUUGAGAAAUUAACACAACUUUCAUUAUUGACCGGAACGGGAUAUGAACCUAAUGAAGAUCAUUCAAAGAGAAGAUUUAGUUGUCCUUCUGAUCAUUUAUUGAAUGAUCGAAAUGGAAAGAAAUGUUUGGUUAGGUUUAAUCGGGUUUAUGAUGUACAACGUCAUCUUAAAUCUGAUCAUGAUUUAGAGAUUAAUAAAGAAGAUUUAAAAGCCUUUUUUGAAAGUUCGAAUUUGAAUUCUUGAUGAAGAAAAAAAUGAUACAUUGAUUUGAGGAAUUAGAUUGAAUGAUUUGAUUAGCAAAGUGAAAUCUACCCUUGGCCAGCUCAGACUCCCUAAGUUAAAACUCAUUCCAACUACCACCGUGCCAACUACAAUCACUGAAUCAUCCCUCGGAUCCAAAAAUCCGAGCGUUCCACUCUGGUCCACUCUCCUCACAUUGUGCGCGACCCUGAAAAGGCACCGAAUCGGGAAACAGUCGAGUCAAUUGCCAUAGGAGGAUGCAGCGGAUAUUUUUCUGAACCACGCAUUGCCUCCAUCUUACCAGACAGAUUUAGUAACUUUUAGCAAGAAGGAUUGUGUUGUAAGGAGAGAGCACAUAAAUUUAUCUUUUCCGCUUUUCAGAUUCGGAAGCAGGACACUGCUCAAGAAAACAAGACGUCUUCGUGAUUGGAAAAGCAGAAUCCGCACGAUGUGAAUGGUGCAAUCAAAGAGAGGGCGUGAAACAGAUUCUGAUUGUAUAACGUUUAGUCACGUGAUGUGUUGAAUUACCACUCAAGUAUGCGGUUGAUUAGCAACUAAUUUUCAAAAUGGUAUUCACCAAAUGUUCUGAUGGUU